UCUCUCUCUCUCUCUCAAUUCUGUAUAUAAUAUAUUAGGUAUAAAAUCUCAACACUGUAGAUGUUAACACUGACCACAAAUAAUUCAAGGAUUAGUUGAACCUUCGACAACCGUUUAGCUCGUUGCCGUAGUAAUCUGAAGAUCUGAAGGGAAGAUCAUUAGCCGGGAUGUCUCCGGAUUCAUCGGCUCAGCGACGCAUCAGAGCAAUUCAAGGCCAUCUCCUCGCCCUCAGCGCCGAUUCGGGCUUCAUCCAGAUUCAACGCAAUGACACCGCCGGAGAGUUCUAUCUCGAAAAGCAGAAACAUAAAAAUGCUUUGAAGCCACAACUUGAAGCCUAUAUAAUGUCAAACAUAUAGUGUAGUGCUUCCAGAAAAACUAAAGAUUGGAAAAUGGAACGUCUACAGAUCUGCACAUUCUCCAGUAAAGCUUGUCCGCGGGUUUCCUGAUCAUCCUGAAAUUGACACAUUGCAUGAUAACUUUGUAUAUGCAGUUGAAACUUUCCAGGACUACAAAUACUUGGGCACGCGUGUUCGGAUUGAUGAAACAGUAGGAGAGUACAAAUGGAUGACAUAUGGAGAGGCAGGAACUGCUAGGUCAGCAGUAGGUUCUGCCCUUUGGCAUCAUGGAUUAUCAAAAGGAGCUCGAGUUGGCCUUUAUUUUAUCAAUAGACCCGAGUGGCUGAUUGUGGACCAUGCCUGCUCAGCAUAUUCAUAUAUCUCAGUACCUUUAUAUGAUACUCUUGGUCCAGAUGCUGUGAAGUACAUCGUGAAUCAUGCUGAUAUACAGGCUAUUUUUUGUAUGCCAAAUACAUUAGAUGCUUUGUUGGGCUUUGUAGUUGAGAUUCCAUCUGUGUCUCUAAUAGUGGUUGUGGGAGAGCUGGAUGAACACUUGCCCUCACUCCCAUCAACAUCUGGUGUUAAACUUAUCUCUUAUGCGAAGCUAGUUAGUCAGGGGUAUAGUACCCUUCAACCGUUCUGCCCUCCCAAGCCUGAGGAUGUUGCGACCAUAUGCUACACAAGCGGUACUACUGGAACCCCUAAGGGAGUUGUGCUGACUCAUGCAAACAUGAUUGCAAGUGUUGCUGGAAUGUGUUACUCAAUUGACUUUAAUUCCUCUGACAUUUACAUAUCCUAUCUUCCCCUGGCACACAUCUAUGAACGAGCCAACCAAGUUUUUUCAGCACAUAGGGGUGUUGCUACAGGUUUCUAUCAGGGGGACAAUUUGAAGUUGAUGGAUGAUUUGUCUAUUCUAAGACCAACAAUAUUUUGUAGUGUUCCUCGCUUGUAUAAUAGAAUAUAUGCUGGGAUUAAAAAUGCUGUGAAAACCUCUGGGGCUUUAAGGGAGAGACUAUUUAAUGCUGCUUACAACUCCAAGAAGCAAGCCAUAAUGAGUGGCAGCAAGUCAUCACCGGUGUGGGAUAGGUUGGUAUUCAAUAAAAUAAAGGCAAAACUCGGUGGACGUGUCCGAUUUAUGGGUUCAGGUGCUUCACCUUUAUCUGCUGAUGUCAUGGAAUUUUUAAGGGUAUGCUUUGGUUGUCCCAUCCGUGAAGGAUAUGGUAUGACUGAGACUUCUUGUGUCAUAAGCAUUAUGGACGAUGGUGACAACUUGACUGGUCAUGUUGGUUCUCCAAAUCCUGCAUGUGAGAUAAAGCUAAUGGAUGUGCCAGAAAUGAAUUACACCACUGAAGAUCAGCCCUACCCUCGUGGAGAAAUCUGUGUGAGGGGGCCAACAGUCUUCCAAGGCUACUACAAGGAUGACGCACAGACGAGAGAAGUAAUGGAUGAUGAUGGUUGGCUGCAUACAGGAGACAUUGGAUUGUGGCUGCAUGGAGGCCGCCUUAGGAUUAUUGAUAGGAAAAAGAACAUAUUUAAGUUGGCACAAGGUGAAUAUAUUGCUCCAGAGAAGGUUGAAAAUGUAUAUGCCAAGUGCAAAUUUGUUUCUCAGUGUUUUAUAUACGGUGAUAGCUCGAACUCCUGUUUAGUAGCUGUUGUGUCAGUUGACCCAGAUAUUUUGAAGGACUGGGCUGCUUCCGAAGGUAUCAAGUAUGAGGAUUUAGGAAAACUUUGUCAUGACCGAAGAGCAAAGGCAGCUGUUCUUGCAGACAUGGAUGCUAUUGGAAGGGAGGCUCAGUUGAGAGGCUUUGAAUUUGCGAAAGCUGUGACUUUGGUGCUUGAACCUUUCACUAUGGAGAAUGGCCUUCUUACUCCAACAUUCAAGAUCAAGAGACCUCAAGCAAAGUCAUACUUUGCCAAAGAAAUAUCAAACAUGUAUGCUGAGCUUGCUGCAUCCAACCCAGGGCCACAGAAAAUGUAACUGGCAGCAAAAAUAUGGGAAGAAAGUUUUCAAGAAUACUGUACGUUUUGGACCCUGGUAGCCUAUAGUUUACUGGAAGGAAAAGUUAAAUGCUCUGUUUUGUUCAUAGAUGUCCAUUUAAAUCAACCAACUACACCUGUAUAAAUGGUCAUCAGUUCAAUUUAAUAAAAGUGUGAUCAGUUCUCUUAAA